AUGACCCUCCCAACAACUUCGGCAAUAACCCUCUCCCUCCUAACCUCCCUAGGCGGCGCAAUCGGGUACGCCCGCACUGGCUCGAUCCCAAGCAUAGCAGCAGGCGUCUCAGUAGGCUUCGUCUACCUCCUCGCAUUCCUGCGCCUGCGCGCAGGCCAAUCCUACGGCGAGGAGUUGGGAUUGCUGGCUUCGACUGUGUUGGGUGGUAGCUCUAUUCCGCGUGUUAUUAAGACCGGGGGCAAGCCUGUUCCGCUGGGAUUGUCUGUUUUGGCUACUUAUGGACUUGUUAUCUUUGGGUUGGCUUUCCGGGAGAAGAGGGCUGUUUGA